UUCUAAAUGAGGUACAUUAUAAAAGGUAGAAGUUUCUUUUGAUUAAAAUAUAGGUGGUGUUUGGAAGAAUAGUGAGGAUGAGAUUCUUAAAGCAGCAGUCAUGAAAUAUGGUUUGAAUCAAUGGUCUCGUAUAUCAUCGCUACUUGUUAGAAAAUCAGCAAAGUAAUGUAAGUAGCGUUGGUACGAAUGGCUUGAUCCUUCAAUAAAGAAAACAGAAUGGACAAGAGAGGAAUAAGAGAAAGUACUUCAUCUUGCAAAGAUAUUUCCAAGUUAAUGGAGAACAAUAGCUCCAAUAGUUGAUCGCACUCCAAUGCAAUGUGUUGAAUAAUAUGAGAAACUAUUAGAUUUAGUAUAAAUAUCAUAUAAAUAUCACUUUAGGCAUAAGGUAAAGAUCUAAAUGAUCCAAAUGAUCCAAGAAGAUUGAGACCAGGAGAAAUUGAUCCAAAUCCUGAAACAAAAGCAGCAAGACCUGAUCCUAUAGAUAUGGACGAAGAUGAAAAAGAAAUGUUAGCAGAAGCAAGAGUUAGAUUAGCAAAUACAAAAGGUAAGAAAGCCAAAAGAAAGGCAAGAGGAAAAUUAAUUGAAGAAGCAAGAAGAUUAGCUUUAUUGUAAAAGAAAAGAGAAUUAAAAGCUGCAGGGAUUUAAUAUAUUAAUCAUAGAAUCGAGAAGCAUCAUAUCAAAUUAUAGGAUCGAAAAUACAAAGGAAUUAAUUAUAAUAGAGAAUUGGCAUUCGAAAGAAUGGUUCCUGAUUUUGUACAUGAAACUACAGGAGAAGAACCAGAACCUGAUAAGAAAAUAUCAAAUGUUAGUCUUUAAGCAUUAGAAGGAUAGAGAAGAGAUGAAGAAGAAGAAAUAAGAAGAAAAAUAGAUUAAAGAAGAAUUAAGAAAUUAAAAGAAAGAGAGUUAGAUUAAGCUGUUUCUUUCUAAAAUAAAUAUUAAGUUAAAUUCACACCUUAAACUAAAUUAUAAUUACCUUAACCAUAAUUAAAAGAUUAAGAUUUAGAAUUAUUAGGUAAAAUUAAUGCAGUUAAUGAAAUUUCUGAACAUACUACUUCUGCUACUAGAGCUCUAGUUGGAAAUUAUUCUACAAGAGAUUAGAGUUAAUCUAAUAUGAGAACUCCAAGAGCACCUAAUACAGUAUUGAGAGAAGCUUAAAAUAUUAUUGCAUUAUAACAUACAGAAACACCAUUAGUUGGUGGAAUGAAUAAUCCUAUUGAUAUUAGUAAAAAUAUUGGCAAUUAAACUCCUAAUUAAUUAGCUAAUUUUUUAAAGGAAACUCCAAGGAGGUAAGUUGAUACAUCAAAUGAUGCAUUUGGAAUUAAUAUUGAAGAAUAUGAAAAAGCAUGGGAAGAACCAAGUUAAAGUGUUGCUUAUAUUAAUGCUGAAUAAGAAAGAUAAUAAUAAUUGAAGAAUGAAUAAAAAUUAAAAGAACUUAUUAAGUAGAAAUUAAAAUCUCUACCAAAACCAAAAAAUGAAUUCACUAUUGAAAUUCCUAAAAUGGAUAAUGAAGAAUAAAAGGAAAUGGAAUUGUAAUAUAUUUAUAUUUAUUUUAUUUUAGAGAAAUGGAUGCUGAGGAUAAACUCAAAAUUAUUAAACAAAAAAAAUUAGUAGAAUAAUAAAAGAAAUUUAGAUAAAAAACAUUAGCUCAUUAAAAGAAUUUACCUCCUCCAAAAGAAUUACCUUAGGGUUCAAUUUAUGAAUCAACUUAAGAUCAGUUUAGAAAUGAAAUAGAAGAUAUUUUAAAUUACACAUUAAUUCAAUUAAUUAAAGAAGAUAUUUAUGAUAAUUCUAAUGGUUUAGGGGAUCUUACUGUAGCUAAGGAAUUAUUGUAAGAAGAAAGAUAAAUAUUAUUGGGAGAUUAAAAUUUGAAUGAUCUUGAUACUAUUUGGAAUAAAGUUAGAUAACAAUUGUAUUUUGAUUAUGAAGAAUCUAAAUUUGUAAAUAUUGAAAAAAUAGAUGAAGAAGUUAGAAUGGCUAUAUUUAUUGAAUAUUUUAGAAGAACAAGACUUUAAUAUGAAAAAUUGAAUAAAAAAUAAUAAUUCUUUGCAAAUAGAAUCACUAAAUUAAUGAAAGGAUAUGAGUUGAGAAAUGUACAACUAGAAUAAGAAAUCUCAUAAUUGAAUGAUAAGAUAGCUGAAAUUGAAAUGAAUAAAGAAGUAUAUUCAUAAGCAUUACAUCAUGAAAGACAUAUCUACCGAGAUAGAGUACAAGAAUUAGUUAAAUAUCAUGAUAUGUUAUAAGUAAAGAGUAAUGAAUUGUAGGAUAAAUAUUCAUAUUUGACUCAAUAACUUUAGGAAUUAGAAUAAGAAUCAGAAAUUUUAGCAUGAAAUUUAUUAUU